AUGUCGUUCGACCUCAAGCAAAUCCCUCUUCCCACCAUCGAUCGCCCAUUCGGCAUCGAAUUAUGGCCUUACUUCAACAAGGCCUUCGAAGCCGCGGUCGGCUAUCCUGCAGACGAUUUUCGUUUUGUGAGAGACCAGACACCGAUGUCUACUUUCAAGGAAACCGUCGCUGCUCUAGUCACCUACUAUGUCGUCAUCUUCGGUGGCCGUGAAAUUAUGAAGAAAUUCCCGGCAUUGAAACUCAACGCUCUGUUCAUGAUACACAACUUCUUGCUUACUGCCAUCAGCGGAAUCUUGUUGGUUCUGUUCAUCGAGCAAUUACUUCCUACGCUUUACCACCACGGCAUUUUCUAUACUGUCUGUGACCACGAGGGUGGAUGGACUCAGCCUUUGGUUGUUUUGUACUAUCUCAACUACCUCAACAAGUACCUUGAAUUCCUCGACACCGUCUUCCUUGUGCUGAAGAAGAAGCCAUUGACUUUCCUCCACACCUACCACCAUGGUGCCACCGCUCUGUUGUGCUGGACUCAGCUCAUUGGAUUGACCGCUGUGUCUUGGGUUCCGAUCACCUUGAACUUGGCCGUGCAUGUCAUCAUGUACUGGUACUACUUUCAGAGUGCCCGUGGCGUUCGCAUCUGGUGGAAGAAGUACAUUACUAUGUUCCAGAUCCUUCAAUUUGUUAUCGACCUAGUUUUCGUCUACUUCACAUCUUACACCUACUUCUCCAGCACCUACUUCCCAUGGGCUCCUAACAUGGGUACUUGUGCUGGUGAGGAAUUUGCCGCAUUUGCUGGUAUCGCCAUUCUCACUUCAUACCUCCUUCUGUUCAUUUCGUUCUACCUCGUCACUUAUAAGAAGGCAGCCAAGACCGGACGUCCUCGCAGCAACACUGGUCGUCAAGCCCUUAUUGAUAUGAAAGAUGCCCAAGUUCCCAGCCCCGUUGCCAACGGUCGUACCAAGCCUGCGACAAAUGGAGCCGCAACAUCUGGACGUCAAGGACCUGUCACUCGUUCCCGCAAGGCAUAA